GGACAAACCCAAUAGCAAAGAAAACAGAAGUUGCUAGCAAGAAUGGCACGCCAGAAUCAGAAGCAAAAGCUGGGCACAAAGGAAAUGAGAAUGGGACAACUGUUGGGAGUACCCAAGAGAGGCUUGUUGAGGAGAUCAGAGUGAGUCUGAAGAAAGGAUGCACUGUGAGCCAGCUGCAGUCCAGAUUAGGCUCCCUGUCUGGCACACCCCAAGAGGUCAUGAAUGCUCUGUUUGAGGCCCUGUUUGAAGGUGUUGGGAAAGGAUUUGGCAAAGAGGUGGCCAAGAAGAAGAGUUACCUUGCUGCUGCCACAGGUGCAGGAUCGCAAAUGUUUCUGCUGUGGGCAAUUGAGGAUUUCUGUGGAAAGUCUAGCCCUGAAGUUGUGAAAGUGUUGGCCUUGGCUCUCAAGGCACUGUACGGCAGCGAUGUUCUGGAGGAAGAAACUAUAGUGCAGUGGUAUCAGGAAGGCUUGGCUGGAGGCAGUACGAAGUCACAUAUCUGAAAGAAUGUGAAACCUUUCAUCGAGUGGCUCCAGAGCAGAAUCCGAGUCAGA